AUGGCGUCCAUCCCGAGACGCGACUCGUCCAUCUCCUUCCCGACCCUUCCGGACUCGCCCGUCAAGCCUUCAACCCAGGCACCGCUGCCUACCUUCCUGACUUCGCAAUGCGACGAUGGCGACGAGCACGACUCUAUGCCACCUCCUCGUGCCACUGCGCUGCCCGCAUACCAUAAGCCCUUCCCAUCGAGCUCUCCAAUGACUCAGACACAGCGACAAUCGAUCGUCUCGGAUGACUCUUCCGCCGCUUCAUCGGCCGACUACUUCGGUACACCCCUACCCACCAGCAGACCGAUCUCGGGGACCACCCUCGCAUCAUCUCGACCGUCCUCCGUCGCAUCCAACGCAUCUUCGAGUAGUCAAGUGCAGGGUCAGCUCACAUCAUGUGCUGAUUUGCUCAGUCCAGGGCUGGCAUCUGCUCUGGGCCUUCUACCUCAAAGUUCCAGCAACUUGGCGUUCCCAAGCUACAGCAGGAACUACGGAGCACAGCAAGGACAGGACGCCGGGCCAUCAAGAAGCAAUAGUGGCAGACAUACAGGCGCUCAUGCAGCGCAGCGACGCGUCCGAACUCAGAGCGCCCACAGCGGCAACCUCGCCACCCGACGUCCUUCCCUCCCCACAACCACAAGCGCCCAGCAUCGUAUCAGCGUCGCUAGCGUCUCCAGCUUCGAGAGUCUGCCUGAAGACGAGAUUGUCCACGGCUUUCUCGCGCCUGGCGUCUCGCGCGUACCAAGCUAUGAUCGCGGCGCUCGCAUCGCCAAUGUCAAUGGCAGCAAUGUCGGACGCAGUCACACACCGGAACGCUCUGGCUCGUCUUCCUCCCUCGGCAGCACUUCGUUCGCAACCUCAUCGGAGGGCCACAGCGAUCAUCUGCAUUCAUCCGAGCCGGUCCCGGGCUUGUCUUCCUCCGCCUCCUCGGUUUCUUCUGCGCAUGGAGCGGGUGCGAGCUCCACGUCUACUAUCACCGCAGGCUCUUCCCGACCUAGCUACUUCCUCCGUCGUGCUGCCACCGCACCCGUCGCCGAUCUGUCCGUCAUGAUGGCUCAUCGCCAACGCCUUGCCAGAGAGCUUCUCGACACCGAACGCUCCUUCGUCGCCAGUUUGACGCUGAUUGACCAAGCAUACUACCAGCCUCUGAUGGCCAGCCUCGGCAAGGGCAAAGCGCCCGUCUCUACCACCGCACCAGCACCGAUCCUGUCCCGCAAAUCCGCCAACGACAUCUUUUCCAACUUCUACGACAUCAUGCAACUCAGCAAAGAGCUUCUCAGUCAACUCGAAGAACGUCUGCAGGUCGCACCUUCCCCAGUUCUCCCUGCUGAAGGCUUGCGAACGAGUCAGAUUCGAGCGCAAGCUGUAGCAGAAAUGGGGUGGAAGGCUUCCACGGACAGCAUCGGAGAUAUCCUUGCCACCCUGGCGCCCUUCCUGAAGAUGUACUCGACAUUCGUCAAGAACUUCAGCAGCGCUCUCCAACGCAUCGAAUCCGAGCAAAAGACCAACGAAGCGUUCGCCAAGUUCCUCAAGGACACAGAUCAACAGCGUGCUGCCAAAGAGACGGUGACAAGCGCCACUGGCAGCGUGCGCCACUCGUUCGGCUACGGCCUCGGCUUUCAGGCUCAUCUGCUCACCAUCGUCCAGCGGAUCCCGCGCUACAAGCUUCUCGUGGACGACCUUGUCAAGUCGACGCCCGACACGCAUCCGGAUCACAUGGACCUCAGGCGUGCCAGCCACAUGAUCGAGCAGGUGGCGUCGUACAUCAACGAGAAUGUGCGACAACACGAGAUGGUGCUCACCAUGCUCGGUCUGCAAAAGAGCUUGCAGGGUCUCACUGAGCCGCUCGUCGUCCCUGGCAGGGCUCUCCUCAAACGCGGCACCCUGAUGAAGACGUGCCGACGCAACAUUCAGCCACGCGAGUUCUUCCUCUUUACGGACUGUCUCAUCUACGCCAGUCCGAUUUCUGGUGGCAUCGAGUCGGCGUCCGCGGCUUGGAGUAUGCUGGCUCAGCGCGGUGGGCUGUACGGCGGUAGCGUCUUGGAUCAGGCCACUUCGCCGAUACUGAGCUCCUCUGCGACUGGAGCGUCCUCGCCGAUCGAAACCGUCUUGACGCCAUCCGCUAGCAUGUCCGGACCCAUCAACCCACGUGCACGCCUCAUGUCGGUGCCGGAGCCUUAUACGCCCUUGGCUGGCGCCAUCUUCUCGCUGACUGGUCAUCAGCUGCAGUUCCGCGCCAAGUUUGGCCUGCGUGACUGUACGAUCGUCAGCGUCGAGGGCAGCAGUAGCGAAGGUCUGCGUCACUGUUUCGAGAUCCGAACGCCGGACAAGUCGUUUGCCGUCUACGCCGAGAACCAGGCGAGCAGAGAGGCUUGGGUCAACUGUAUCCGAGAUGCCCGUGCAGACCACAUGUCUGCUCGUCGAACGCUGAAGGCCGAGGAGGACAGCAUUGAGGCGAAGAGGGAGAAGCGUCGAUCGCUGUACAAGAUCGAUGCAUCCAAGGUGGCCGACCGACGUCUCAGCACGCAGAGCCUGGGAGCCUACCUCGCUGCGACCAACUUGAUCGGGAGGGACAGGACCGUCUCGCAGGCUGAACAGGUGGUCGAAGGAAGCGCUUCGAGGUCCGUCUCGCGAGAGCGCGAGGCUGGGCCGCGUCGAUCGCGCGUCGACUCGCUGCCCAACUUGCUGAUGCGACCUCCCUCCUUCCCAUCUUUUGCAACCAGCGGCACGAAUCUGUCGUUGGCCAACCUGCUUGCGACGAGCCCAUCUCCUGCCGCCGCCGCUCCACUCCGCGUGCUCGAAGACUACAACGCGCCCGUGUGGGUGCCCGACAACCGCGCAGACAAGUGCUGCAACUGUCAAGAAGCCUUUGGCAUGUGGCGCCGCAAGCAUCACUGCAGGCUUUGUGGACAGGUGGUCUGCUGGACGUGCUCGCAGCGAUCGUUCCUCAUUCCCAGCUAUCACGACACCGAGCCGGACCGCCCGGCACGAGCCUGCGAUCGAUGUUAUGACAGCGUCUUUCCGCCCGACAUCGCAGAGGAGGCUGAGGCGGGUUUAGCAGCAGCGGCAGCAGCAUCGGACGCCACAACGGGAGCAGACAGCGUCGAGAUGUCGUCGGCGCCAAGCACGAGCACGGAUGACAGUGUUAGCCAGGCGCUAGGUGGUCUCCGGAUUGGCGCGUCAGACACUGACACGGAUGCGGAAGGUAUCCCGCGGACGCCUGAUGCCGAGCGCGAUCUUUCCGCCGACAGCGCUGACAUCGAACCGAGCCCGAUCGCCAUCUCUCCGAUGGCAGACAUGGUGACAGGUCGAUCUGCGCUUGCCAAGAAGAGCGGGGCCGAUGCACGACCCAAAUCGCUGCGAUUCGACAUGCUGCCCCACGCCGAACUGGACUUCGAUGCUGUGCCCGAAGUCGGUGCUGUCUCCACCAAAGCGUCAGCUAGCCGCAUCGAAGGCACUUCUCCAACGUCGUCGCCCACCCCUCAACCAGCAUCACCACAGGGCGGCUGGCACAGCAGCGCAGCCGCACGCACCUCACCCCUCCGUCCCUCGCAGCCACCCGUCCUCCCCACCCGCAGCAAUUCACUCGCCAGCCCGCUCGCCGCCGCUUCGCCCCGCAUCCCCGAAGCCCGCACCAACCGCGCCUCGGCACUCGAAGCGCACCACCUGUUCGCCAACCACACGCGCACCUCGCAGAUCCAAGCUGCAACAUCGGGAUCGGGCACGUUCCGCCUUGUCACGCCGCGACUUACCACGCCUGAAUCGGAGCUUCCGCCCGGGGCAAGGAAGAGCAUUCUGGACUCGGGCUACUUUGGCGCGCGGGCGAUCGAGGAGGUUCCCGAAGAAGGAGGGUUCAAGCCGUGGAUGCUGCACGGUCCACAGGGCGUGCAGGGAAGACCGCAGCGGAAGAGGCCGUUGAGCGCCGCGGCGCGCUUGAGCAGCUUCUAUGGGCCACUCCUGGCCAAAACGCAGAGUGGACAGGAGACUGUCAAGGUCGAUGAGGAGGGCACCGACAAGGUGUGA